GAUUGUUGACAUCACGAUUAUAUGUUCAAAGGCCGUUCGUCAUGUCAGUUUGGAGACCGAAAGCGAAGUAGAAAGAAGUUAUUUUUAAGUCUCGAUGACAUCUUCCACAACGAGGAAGCGAUCAACGCCCAAAAGGGCCGAAAACACCACAGAGGCGAAGGCAUCAACGAAAUCUCAAGCAAAAGAAUCGGAUUAUGGAAAACGGGUUCACGAGAAGGAAGAAUCUCUUUUAACAUCGACCAGUGGGUUUGACAACUACAGAGGACUAAUAAACUUAUGUCUUAUUCUCUUGGUGCUCUCCAAUUUCAGGGUAGCACUUGAUAAUUUACUGAAGUAUGGCUUGCUGAUAGAUCCUCUUCAAGUAAUAACUAUCUUCUUGGAGGAUCCAUACCACUGGCCAUCAGCAUCACUUGUGAUCUUUUCAAAUGUGCUUAUUCAGUUGACGUUUGUCAUUGAGAAGCUUUUGGCUGCAGGCAAAAUUUCUGAGAGGAUUGGGCGGAUAUCCCAUAUGUUUUUGCUGCUGUUAAUGUUAUUUGUGCCAUGUACAGUGAUUUUGGUUUAUCUUCCACCACCAUGGGCAGCUAACAUCGCUGUCUUUUGGUAUACCAUUGUCUGGUUGAAACUUAUCAGCUAUGUCAGUGUUAACCUCUGGUACAGGUUGGGAUUGAUGAAACAUGAAGAGAAAGGUCAUGUUGCAAAUGGGAAACCCGAAACUCUUCCUUUGGUGAAGUAUCCUGAAAAUCUCACUCAGAAAGAUUUAUAUUACUUCAUUUUUGCACCAACUUUGUGUUAUGAGCUCAAUUAUCCCAGAAGUGAAAGGAUACGGAAGCGUUUUCUUUUGAGAAGACUAGCUGAGUUUUUUUUCAUUAUUGGAAUUGUAAUUGGAGCAUUUCAGCAGUGGAUUGUACCAACAGUAAAAAACUCUAUGAAACCAAUACAGGAGAUGGAUGUAGGCAGAGGCCUUGAGAGAAUAAUGAAACUUGCAGUUCCCAACCACUUGUUAUGGCUGCUGUUCUUCUACGCCUUCUUCCACAGUGGCCUUAACAUUUUAGCAGAACUAUUAAGGUUUGGUGACAGGACUUUCUAUCGAGACUGGUGGAAUUCUCCAAAUGUGGCAUACUUCUGGCAAAACUGGAAUAUACCUGUUCAUCGCUGGGCGAGAAGACAUCUCUAUAUUCCCAUGUUAAGGUCAGGUUAUUCAUCUCUUCAAGCGCAAGUUGCUGUGUUUUUACUGUCUGCAUUUUUCCACGAGUUUUUAGUCAGUGUCCCCUUACGACUGUUCAGAUUCUGGGCGUUCCUAGCUAUGCUAGCUCAGGUACCUCUCCAUUUGCUCGUGAAAAAAUUUCUUGGCGAUUAUCCAAACUAUGGUAACAUGGUGGUAUGGCUUUCAAUCAUUCUUGGCCAGCCGUUGGCAAUUCUGACUUAUGUCCAUGAUUAUUAUAUCACUCACCAAUAGUAGCCUUACAAGUCGGUGUCAGACUAUGGUAGAUCAAAGUAGUCAUCUUAGUGCCAGAAGCUGCCGGUGAAGGGAAGUGCCAACUCAACUGAAGAACAUUUUUAUAGAAAGCAAUAUUAUGCUAAGCUCCCAAGUGACCAUAAAUAGUAAUUUAAAUAGUAUAUUUAUUUUUAAGUUUUUUAUCAUUGAUCGAUUGUGAAAUAAAAACGUUUUAGCUCCGCAGUGAAUCUUUCAGAUAAGGAUGAAAAGUUAUUCCACGCUGCUACUGAGAGAAUUCUCGGCCGAGAAUGUCUCAGUUGCACAGAUUAAUUCCAAGCAAAAGCUGUGGCACUGAGGCCGGUGAACCAGCGUGGACUUCAUAGACAAAAUCUUAGAAAAUCUAGACAAAAGAUUUUUUUUUGGUGGAGGGCUAACACUUAGGAGGGAAAGAAGGCUUCAGUUAAUAAUACGCACCAUGCUACUCUCGGGUCGACAGCUCUUUUUCAUAGAGGACAAAUUGCAUGUGAUUGUCUUCUUGAGAUUCUUGCCACUAACUGCGCAGAAGUAAACAGUGUGUGUUGACUUUAGUUGGGUUCUUAGCAGUUCCCAGCCCUUGUUGAUUUUAUGCCCUGUCUUACAGUCGCAAUGUGUGACGUAAAUGAUGACAUCAAAGUCUUCUGUGUUAUUGUUUUAUUUACAAUCAAUCUGGUGCUGAUAUUGCAUUUACGUAGGGCUGCUAAACUCGAGCCCUAGUAGAAGUAGAAUGAGACUAAAGUAAGAUUUCCAGGCCUAGAGCAAGAAAUAACUCAACCCACUUUUAGUGUGUUGCUGGACUAUAUAAAAUUAUCAUAUGAUCUGAAAAUUUCA